UCUUUGAAUCUUGACUUGAUCUGGUCACUGGUCAAGUUCUGCUAGUUGCGCAAAGUGAUAAGCCUCCAUCACCGGAGAAGAUGUUACGUGCCAAUUAUCUACGGAUUUUUGUUAUUGUUACAAUUCUGAACGUUGCAUACAACCAACAAUUUGUAGGUGAUGUUUGUACUUUGACAUCAUCCGGUGCACCUGGUGUCUGCAAAUUAUUUAUUGAUUGUCAACAAGCUCGUGAAGAUAUUAAAAAACAUGUUUUCCCUCAAACAUGUGGUUUUGAAGGAACACAAGCCAUAGUAUGUUGUCCAUCACAAAAUCAGAAGGAACAACAAAAAUCAAAAAGACAGCCAGGUGAAAUAAGUAAACGAAAAUGUAGGGAAUAUUCUGCAUACAUAUAUGAAGUGACCAAAUCGCCAGUUUUGUUAAUUGGUACUUCCGAUCUUAAAAGAAAUGAAUGUGGACACGAAGUUGUUAAGCUUAUCGUUGGUGGAGAAUUAGCAGGCAGAAAAGAAUUCCCACAUAUGGCAGUAAUUGGAUUUGAACCAACUAGAGAUGAAAAAAAAUGGCUUUGUGGAGGGACUAUUAUAAGUAAACAAUAUAUUCUUACAGCUGCACAUUGUUUAAGCCACCAUGAACAUGGGGAGGCCAAAUACGUAAGAAUAGGAGCAAGUGAUUACAAUGAUAAAAACCGCAGGCAAGAAUUGAAAAUAGAAGAACGUAUUCCUCACCCAGAAUAUAAGUCAAGUUCACAUUAUCACGACAUAGGCCUUUUGAAAUUGGAAACUGAAGCUAAAAUGAAUCCAUAUGCCAGACCGGCUUGUCUUUUUUCAAGAAAUGAAAUUCCUACUGAAAGAGCUAUAGCAACUGGAUGGGGUCACACCACUUGGGCUGGUGAAGGAAGCAAUAAGCUACUUAAAGUAACGUUGGAUCUCUUUGAUCACAACACUUGUAAUGCUUCCUAUAAAAACCAAAUUUCAAGAAGACUGAAGAAUGGAAUAGUCGAUGACCUACAAGUUUGUGCAGGUUCAAAGGACGGAGAAGAGAAAGACACAUGUCAGGGUGAUUCUGGAGGACCACUUCAAAUAUAUCAUUUUGGUGACGAAAUAGUAUGUAUGUACGAUAUAAUUGGAAUAACAUCGUUUGGAAAGGGUUGUGCUGGGAGUCCAGGAGUGUAUGUGAGAGUGUCACAUUAUAUUAAAUGGAUCGAAGAUAUAGUGUGGCCUGAAAUAUAAUAUUUUUACAGAGACGAAACUUUCAAAGAAACAACAAUAAUGAUACAUUACUUAAAAUGCGAAAUUUUUAUUACAUGAAUAAAUAAGUCUUUGAAUUUGUA